UCAUACAUUGAUUUCACUUUUAUUUACACUCACAUGACCAAAAUGUUAAAAUUGUGACUGCAAAUUAGUGACUUAUGUUCCUCUUACCAUUUUAGGUUCACCGAUAGCCUGGUUAACAUCACUUUACCAUCAAAACGUUCAUGAAAGAUGUCUUAAACUUCAAUUAGAUUCCCUCCGGAGGUUAAAACCCAACUAUCGGGACAUCAGCAUGAUGCUUUUGAUACCACCCCGCUCCCUCCCUCCCUGCUUGACAAGCAUGCGCAAGAAGAAGUGGGCAGUUUGACUUUCAACUGCGUCUCUCUUUCUCUUCCCCCGAGCGCAUCGAGCGGGUCGCAGCUCCCUUCCGAAAACCUGCAGAGCGGUGCAACUAAACCCCCCCCACACACACGCAACCCUCUACAUGCACUUUUUUCAAAACGCACUGCAGCAGAGAGACGCGGGCGCUUAUUAACACCGGCGACACCAUGCAGCGACAAACCCUCAGUGAUGGCUGUCGUCGUCUCGGCAGAAUCGUCGCCCUUCUCGGUGCGCUUUGUCAUCUCUCCCUGGCCUUUCCCACUCAGUUCCCGUCUGCAAACGACGACGUCCAGACGCCUCUUCGGGUGAACAUUUCCCACCCGGGUGUCCUUUACGCCUCGCUGUGCCGAGCCGUCAUCAUCCCCUGCUCGGCGUCCUCGUCACCUCUCACGCUCCCGAGGGUCAAGUGGACACUGCUGUCCGGCGGUUCUGAGAAGCAAAUCUUGGUGGCGCGUGGCAACAAGGUGAAAAUCAACGAGGCGUACAGAGGCCGCGCCGAUUUGCUCAACUACCGCUCCCGGCGGGAAGAUUUGUCACUGCGACUGCUGGAAACACGCUCCGGUGACUCGGGGCACUAUCGUUGCGAGGUGCAGCAAGGCCUGGAUGACAGCAGCGAUAUCGUCCAACUCAAGGUCAAAGGAGUCGUAUUCCACUAUCGGGACUCCAUGGGUCGAUAUGCUCUCAACUUCAAUCAGGCCAAGAGGGCUUGCGAGACCAUCGGGGCCCAAAUUGCGAAUCCGAUCCAGCUUCGGGCGGCUUAUUAUGAUGGCUAUGAGCAGUGUGACGCAGGCUGGCUAGAAGACCAAACUGUCAGGUACCCGAUCCAAACACCUCGUGAAGCUUGCGAUGGAGACAUGGUCGGAAAACCAGGCGUGAGAAACUACGGGGAGAUGGAUCCACAGGAUAAUUUUGACGUAUAUUGCUACGUGGAACAAAUGCAUGGGGAGGUGUUCCACGACCCCGACCCACAGGAGUUGUCCUAUGAAGGGGCCAAAUCGUACUGCAGGGCCGCGAGAGCUCAGCUGGCCUCAGUUGCGCAGCUUUACUUGGCGUGGAGCGAAGGUCUGGACAACUGCAGCCCCGGCUGGCUUUCUGACGGCAGCGUGCGCUACCCCAUUCGGACCCCCAGGGAGCGCUGUGGAGGCCCCACGGCGGGUGUCAAGACCGUGUAUCGCUUCAGCAACCAAACGGCCUUCCCAGAACCGUCCGAUCUGUACGACGUGUAUUGUUUCAGAGGAACUGGACCUUCACCGACCGACUCCACCACCAUGGACGUCACAAGCACACCCGAGCCCAGCACCCUUGAAGAAGACGUUGUCAUCUUCAUGGACGAAGACAAAGAACUGCCAUUUGGACAAAGUUCGGAACAAAUCGAAAGGGAGGUUCUGAGCGUUUUAGAAACCGUACCCCUUUUCUCAGGCCCUCCCACUAAAGAAAAGACUGUCGAAAAUCAGUUGACAUUUCUGUCCGCCACAUCAGAGCCUCCUUUGACCACCACAGAUGCUCAAGAUCUCCUAAACUCUUUUGACACAACAUCUUCUACCGAAAACAAAUAUGACUCAAGUCUAAAUAAUAAUAUCCAAAGCACGGAAAUGUACGAUUCCCCUCAAAACAUUUCACUCAAAUCUACUUUUUACGACAUCAACGAUUCAUAUCAGAACUUUACUCAGCAGCUAUCGGAAAUAGAAAGCACAACAAAUCUCCACGAGUCCAACACCACCCAUGGCCAGAACUUUUCUGAAAGCACACAGCUUUUCGAGAAAGUCAAAUUUGAAGAUUUGAGCAGAACUGAGAUGUAUGAAGAGGAAACUAAAGAGGAUUUUCUGGAAGCUCCUGUUACUCUGGAAAAAGGAGAACCUGCAACAACGGAACCCCCCGCAGAUCGUUCCUCAUUAUUGAUCCCUCUGAGUGGCUCUGGAGAUUCUUCUCAAGAAAGUCAUCAGGAAGUCACCAUUUUGGCCUCCAUCCCCAAGUCUGAAUCCACCACGCUUCAGACAUCUUCUGCCUCCCCCACCGAAGCUCCUUCACAGUCUUUGACAGCCAUUCAAGAUAAUCUCUCGACAGCUUCGCACUUGUGGGCGUCUGUUUCCGUCCAGGAGGGAAGCACCAGUUUGGAAAUUGAAGAUAGCGAAGAAGCACAGCUGCUUCCAACCAUGUCCACCACUUUUAGGGUAAGCCCGUCCACCACCGAAGCUCCUGAGAUGUCCUCCGAGGUGUCUACAGACUCUGUGACCUCAACGGAUCAACCAUCAGGUAAUACCUUUGACAGCUCCACGGUGAGCUAUGAGGAAGCAAGCGGACUCGAAGUCCAUUUAGCUCCAGGGCUCACUGCUUUCAACAAAACCACCAGCACCACGCAGAAGAUCGAUGAAGAUACCAUGGCAGAUAAAAUCAAUGCUUCCAAAGGUUUUGCGUGGAAUUAUUCACAAAAUGGAAACAUCACAACAUCUGAGCAGGAAAUGAACGAUACGAUUAUGGAGAUAGGAGAAGCUAGCAUACCACCCACAAUGGAAGAAGUCACAGAAGAAGAGGAGGCUUCGUCAGUCACAACAAUAAUCGAAUCUACACGUCCACCCACAUUCGAAGCUCAAGCCACGUCAACCCCAAAACAUGAAAAUAAAUAUGCGCUAAUAAUCACAAAUGAAACCAAAACACAAAUGUUCGAAGAAUCCGAAACAUCACAAAGCUCUGAAGAAGGAUCUGCACUUGCACCAAUAUUUCAAGAACAUACGCAAAGCCCAACAGUUAAAACUCAUGUUAGCCCAACAAUUAAAGAUACCAAAGAAACAGAAACCCCAAAAAGCCCACCAACAUCAACGCUGAACCCCGAAGAAUCCUCCGAUGUUACAAUCAGCCCAAAUUAUGACAGUGAGACCAUCACACCAACGAGGGAGUUUGAAAACCAUGUCAUCUCCAUCAUUGGAGAAAAUUCUUCUCCAUUCCACCAGAACAAACUCUUCGAUGCGGAAACUCACCAAACUACCACAACGCUUGACGGCAGCACUUCCACCGGCGAGCCGUUCGAAGAGGAGAUCACCGUCUUCCCGUACAAUUCCGGAGCGGCCAACUGGGCUCUCCUGACCACCACCACCAGGCCUCAAGAAUCCAUGAAGGACUUGGAAAUCAGCACUUCCGUCUCUUCCACCGUGAAGACAACCACAUGGCGGUCAAAGCACACCUGGAGUCCGCCCACUACGACCUCUCCCGACGUUCUCCGCCUAACAUCUGAAUCCUGGAGAUCGACGACGACCCACCAACCGGACCCCACCCAGGUUCCCAGCGGCCGCGUUUUGCCCAACGAGAGGGCGGCGGCGGGCGGUAAAGUUAAAAUCGCAGAUGCUUGCUUUAAUGACCCAUGCCUCAACGGAGGAACCUGCACGGAUCGAGAAGGUCAUAUUCAGUGUCUUUGCUUGCCCACCUACAGUGGUGACCUCUGUGACCUGGAACUGGAACGCUGCGAGCCGGGCUGGGACAAAUUCCACGGCUUCUGCUACCGACACUUCAGCCAACGUCAGAGCUGGGAAGUGGCCGAGCAGCACUGCCGCAUGCAAGGCGCCCACCUGGCUUCCAUCAUGACACCCGAGGAGCAGAACUACAUCAACACAAACUACAAAGAAUACCAGUGGACCGGCUUGAACGAUAAAACCAUCGAGAAUGAUUUUAGGUGGUCCGACGGCAACCCGUUGUUGUACGAGAACUGGUACCGAGGUCAGCCGGAUAGCUACUUCCUGUCCGGCGAGGACUGCGUGGUGAUGGUGUGGCACGACGACGGCCGCUGGAGCGACGUUCCUUGCAACUACCAUCUGGCCUACACUUGCAAGAAAAGCACAUCAUCAUGCGGCCCGCCGCCUAAGGUCCGUAACGCCUCCAUCUUCGGGAAACCUCGUCAGCGUUACGAGACAGACGCCGUGGUACGUUAUUAUUGUUCUCGAGGGUUCCAACAAAGAUUCAAUCCGCUGAUCCGCUGUCAAUCCGGGGGGAGCUGGGAGAGGCCUCAAUUCCAGUGCAUCCCGGAGAAUGGCGCUGUAAACCCUGACGCUGAAAUGACGUCAUCGACGGAUAGCAAUCUGGCCGCAUUUCAAGAUGUUUCUGAAACCACCACAGAGCCGCCACUUUAUUGGGAUAUCAAGUUUUGAAAACAUUUGCACACUUUUCUUGCCAUAUACACUACAUUCUGCUGUUCUCUCUUGACAAGGUGAAAAAAUGUGCUUUUACCGAUUUUUUACACACGUGGCAAACCGUCUUUAGUUAGACACACUGCAGAAUGGUGCUAAUACGUCAAUAUUACAUACACAAUGCGCUCAUGUUUUCAUAUUAAAAGUGUCAAGUAACAUUCCUGCUUUUUCAAAACUAUCCUGUGCACGUUUUUGGGAGACGCAGUUUUGUUCAUCAGCUUUAUGUUGUAAUAAAGUUUUGUAGAACAGAGCAAAGAAUAAAUCGUUCACAUAUUCCA